AUGAAUGUUCGUGAAUACCAAGCUCUCACUCCCUAUUCAACAGCAUUAGAAGAAAAUUGGGGAAAACCUCCCGGGAAUCUGAAUGCAGACGGAAAGAAUCUAUUGCAUAUUACUGUCGAGAAAAUUUUCAAAGCUGAUGCUGUUCUUAAUUUCGGGACACACGGUUCCCUUGAAUUCAUGCCUGGAAAGCAGGUAGGGAUGAGUGAUGUAUGUUACCCUGACAGUCUGAUCGGGAAUAUUCCAAAUGUCUAUUACUAUGCUGCAAACAACCCUUCCGAGGCUACCCUAGCCAAACGCUGGAGCUACGCAAAUACAAUAAGCUAUCUGACUCCUCCGGCCGAAAAUGCAGGUUAA